AUGAGUGCUAGAAAACUACAACAAGAAUUUGAUAAAUUAAAUAAAAAAAUUUCUGAAGGUCUUCAAAUAUUUGAUGAUAUUAAAGAGAAAAUCAAUGUUUGUGAAGUACCUUCUCAACGAGAUAAAUUGGAGAAUGAUUUGAAGAAAGAGUUGAAGAAAUUACAAAGACUGAGAGAUCAAUUAAAACAAUGGUUAGGUGAUAGUAGCAUUAAAUUGGAUAAAAAUGUAUUACAAGAAAACCGUACCAAGAUUGAACAUGCUAUGGAUCAAUUUAAAGAAUUGGAAAAAGCUCUGAAGAUUAAACAAUUUUCUAAUGAAGGUUUAGAAUUACAAACUCAACAAAAACGAUCCAGAUUUGGUGAUGAUGCCAAAUAUCAAGAAGCGUGUACUUAUAUUAAUGGAGUUAUUGAUGAAUUGAAUAAUCAAAAUGAAGAUUUGGAUCAAGAAUUGGAUUCUUUGAGUAGUCAACUGAAAAGAAAAGGUGGUAGUUCAGUACAACAAUCCAUUGAUGAUGUUAAAUAUAAAAUGGAAAGAAAUAAUAAUCAUAUAAAUAAAUUGGAAGAAAUUUUGGAAAAUUUAGAUAAUGAUAAAUUAGAUCCUGCCAGAAUUGAUGAUAUUAAAGAUGAUUUGGAUUAUUAUGUUGAAAAUAAUCAAGAUGAAGAUUACGUGGAGUAUGAUGAGUUUUAUGAUCAAUUGGAUGUUGAAGAAGAGGAAGAUGAAGUGGAAGUGGAAGGUUCAUUGGCACAAAUGGCUGCUGAAACUGAAGAUGAAAGAAAAAGGGAAGAAGAAAGAAAGAAACAAGAAGAAGAAAGAAAAGAAAGAGAAAAACAACAACAACAACAACAACAAGCCAAAAAUACUCCACCUGCUAGUAAUAACACAUCUAAUAACUCCCCAAUUGCUCAAGUUAAAGGAAUAUCCGAUCAGAAUAAUAAUAAUAAUAACAACAACAAUACACCAUCGUCAAAUUCGUCGUCUUCUACUCCGGUAAAGAAAUUGAAACCUGUUGUGACACCAGCACCAGCACCUCCACCAAUUACAACAGCCAAUUCAUAUUCUAAUGUUAUUAAAGCUGCUCAACAGGCAGCAAAUAAUAGUGGUGUAACUACAAGUGGUGGUAACAAUGAUACUUCUAGUAAUCGUUCAGCAUCACCAUCUACAAGUAACAAUACUCCUAUUUCUGCUAAAGUAUUACCACCAGGAUUAAACCAUGAAGCUUCAUUCAAUUCUAAUAUGAAAUCGGCGUCUGCUUCUCCAUCAAUUGCUCAUUCUAAAUUGACAAAUAGUGAUUUACAAACAAAUAGUAGUAGAUCACAACUGCCAGCUGUUAGUGCUGAAAACAAAAUAUUCAAUGACACCAUUUCACGUAUUAUAAAUGUUACUCAAAGUAGAUUAAAUGAUCCAUUACCAUUGACUUCGAUAAGUAAUUUAUUGGAGAAUUCAUUGUUGAAUUGUCCUGAUUCAUAUGAUUCAGAAAAACCUAGACAAUAUAAUCCAAUAAAUGUUCAUCCAUCACUGAUUGAUUAUCCUCAAGAGCCAAUGUAUGAAUUGAAUAGUGGUAGUUAUAUGAAGAAAUUUGAUAAUGAUACAUUAUUUUUCUGUUUCUACUAUGGUGGAGGUGGAGAAGAUAUAGAUAAUUUUGCCAAAUAUAAUGCUGCAAAAGAAUUAUCAAAAAGAGGAUGGAUAUUUAAUACUGAAUUUAAUCAAUGGUUUUUGAAAGAUAGUCAUAAGAAACAUAGAACAAUGUCUAUGGUUGCAAAAGAAGAUGAAAGUAAUGGAUCAGUUGAUAGUAUUAAUAGUAAUAAUGUGGUUGCUGAAAUAAGUGAAGAAAGUGAUAAUUACAAGUAUUUUGAUUAUGAAAAGACGUGGUUAACACGUAGAAGAGAAAAUUAUAAAUUUGUCAAAGAAAAGAGACAAACUUUUUAA